GCUCAUUUUUAUUUUUGGGGGGUUAGGGGGAUUUUGUGGUUAUGUUUCUCCAAUGAAUGACACUCUGUUUGUUAUCCUUUAACUUUUACCGAUUUUGAUUUCUUCAAUUAUUGACCUCUCGAAUGCUGUUUUUGGAUUUAUUAGUGUGCAAUUUGGCCCUAUUUUUUUAUUUUAAUGUAAAAAAGGAACAAUUGCUUGAUUAAACAAGUCUUUUGUGUCUGUGAUCCAUUACGUGUCAGAGUUAUGCGUGUACCUUCCUCGGUCCCAAACAUGUGUUUAACAAAAUUUACGAUUUUUUCGAUCAGUUUCUAAGUGGUUUCACUUGUGAGAUUAAUCUUGGAAGUUUGAUGUGAUUGCUUGGUUUUGGUUUGAAGUGGUUUUAAUGGGGAAUAUACUGAAUCUAAACAAUUCCAAGACUAGACGGAAUGAUUCCCAUGGGGUCUUGCAAGGUGAAUCCUGCAAGAGACAGAGGUUGUCACCAAACUCUUGUGAGGACAACCCAAGACUGAUUCCGUCCCUUCCUGAUGAGAUAUCAAUACAGAUUCUAGCUAGAGUUCCUCGGAUUUAUUAUUUGAAUCUGAAGUUAGUUUGUCGUGCUUGGAAGGAAACCUUUGUUAGUUCUGAACUAUUUUGUGUGAGAAAAGAGCUUGGAAGCAUGGAGGAAUGGCUCUACAUUUUGACAAAGGUCAACGAUGAUAAGCUUUUAUGGUAUGCCUUGGACCCUCUUUCCAGAAGAUGGCAAAAGUUGCCGCCAAUGCCAAAAGUUGGGUUUGAAGAUGAAACAAAGAAAGGUUUGAUUUCCUUUCCCCUUCGGAUGUGGAGCAUGAUGGGUUCAAGUAUUCGAAUUGUUGAUGUCAUAAUGAGCUGGCUUGGGAGGAGAGAUGCCCUGGACUGGAUGCCUUUUUGUGGUUGCUCCAUAGGAGCUGUUGAUGGUUGCAUCUAUGCAUUAGGAGGAUUUUCAAGAGCUUCAGCAAUGAAAUAUGUUUGGCAGUAUGAUCCCAUUAAAAACUCUUGGGCUGAGGCUAGUCCAAUGUCAGUUGGCAGAGCCUAUUGCAAGACAGGUAUAUUAAAUAAUAAGCUUUAUGUUGUUGGAGGGGUUACUAGGGGUCGUGGUGGACUAAGCCCUCUGCAAUCUGCAGAAGUAUAUGACCCUCAUACAGGCAUGUGGUCCCUGUUACCUAGCAUGCCUUUUGCAAGAGCUCAAGUGUUGCCAACUGCUUUUUUGGCUGACUUACUCAAGCCUAUUGCCACAGGAAUGGCUUCAUACAAAGGAAGGUUAUUUGUUCCUCAGAGUUUGUAUUGCUGGCCAUUUUUUGUUGAUGUGGGGGGUGAAGUUUAUGAUCCAAAUUUAAAUUCAUGGCUUGAAAUGCCAAUUGGUAUGGGUGAAGGCUGGCCUGCAAGGCAAGCUGGAACGAAAUUGAGUGUUACGGUCGAUGAUGAUCUAUAUGCACUUGAUCCUUCAAAUUCUCUUGACAGUGCAAAGAUCAAGGUAUAUGAUUAUGAAGGUGAUACUUGGAAAGUUGCAGCAGGAGAUGUUCCUAUUCAUGAUUUCACCGAAUCGGAAUCUCCUUAUCUCUUGGCUGGUUUACUUGGAAAACUUCAUGUAAUAACUAAAGAUGCUAAUCACAACAUUACAGUGUUGCAGGCUGACAUGCAAAAUGAACAUGCUGAGUCAGCUUUCUCUCAAUCAAUAUUGUCAUCACCAGAUAACUCGAUCAGUGAAGAUGCUGAAUCUUCUGCAGAAACACAGGGAGAAUUUUGGAAGGUUCUUGCAACUAGGAGUGGUAGAUCUGCUGAACUAGUUAACUGUCAAUCCCUUAAAAUAUGAAAGUAAAAAUGGGGGCAGGGGUGGUUUAGAGUCCUUUUGUGGUUAUGAUUUGUGAGUAUAUUUCUGUUGGUUGGUAUGAUUGUAAAUGAUUUCCUUUACAAAUUAUUCAUAAUAUGUAACCAAGAACACAAUUAAAACUAUAGUUAGCAAGAACAUCAUUCAAACACACUACAAAAUAAAUGAAGGUUUUCAACAUUAAGUUGGGUA